AUGAAGAAUCAGAAACGCCGUAGCCCGAUGAGUGCGCUGAUAAGGACCUCGAUAAUAUUGCUAUGGAUAUUUUUGAUAUUUUCCGUUUUCUCAUUUACGGAGGGUUACAGCAGUGCAAGGAGUGAUUACAACGGAGCAAACAGCUCAAAACUAAUUAGAAUCGACGGGGACAUUAUUUUUGGCGGGAUUUUUCCGAUGCACGAACAGAUUGUCGGAUUGAGUGGUGAAUUACCGUGCGGAGCAGUAAAAGAGGAAAAAGGAGUCCAGCGUUUAGAGGCAAUGCUUUUUGCGAUCGAUGAGAUCAAUAGAAAUGACGAGUUGUUACCAAAUACCACCCUCGGAGCACUUAUCCUCGAUUCAUGUAGUAGUGAUACAUAUGCUUUGGAUCAAAGCAUGGAAUUCGUACGUUCCUACAUGAAUCAGGACAUGUCGGAGUACAAGUGCGAGGAUGGCAAGGCACCUCUUUACGUGCCUCAUAAAUCCGUCACGGGAGUUAUCGGAGCAUCUUUCAGUGUCGUUUCGAUAAUGGUCGCUAACAUAUUAAGACUCUUCAAGAUACCACAAUUGAGCUACGCAUCGACGAGCACAGAGCUCUCGGACAAAAGUCGUUUUGAAUACUUCAGCAGAGUCGUACCACCGGAUAAUUUUCAAGCCCAGGCAAUGGUUGAAGUGGUACACCAGCUCGGAUGGAAGUACGUUUCAACGGUCGCUGUUGAAGGGGAUUACGGUGAAAAAGGAAUAGCGCGCUUCAUUGGUCUCGCGUCAGAGUACAACAUAUGUGUUGCAAUAAGUGAAAAAAUCCUUCGUAAUUCACGUGCCGAAGAUUUUGAUAGAAUUAUUGAGCGGCUUGGAUCCAAGCAUAAUGCCAGAGGCGUUAUUUUAUUUGUCGACGAGGAUAACGUCAGAAAACUUUUGCAAGCAACUGUUCGUGCCAACAGAACCGGGCACUUUAUGUGGGUCGGAAGUGACUCGUGGGGCGCAAAAGUUCAUCCGGUACGAGAUCAAGAGUUUGCUGCUGAAGGUGCGAUUACAAUCUUGCCGUUUGGAAAUUCUCUGAGAGAUUUCGAUGAGUACUACAAAAAUCUAAGACCUCGAGUGGGCAACGAAUGCAACGGACAGACGGAGAAAAAUGUUCCCCAUCCGUCAGGAAGUAAGACGGGCAAGAUGGUUAACUGUCGUAACGUUUGGUUCCGUGAAUUCUGGUCUCAGCACCACAAGUGCCAUUUUAUUGAGUCAAACUCAAACUCUUCAGUGUCUGACUCAGGUUCUAAUUCAAAUUCAAAUUCAAAUUCUGGCGCAAAACGUUGCACAGGCGAUGAGGAUCUUGUUGACUACGACCAGGAAGGUCUCGUUCCAUUCGUAGUUGACGCGGUGUACGCGAUGGCUCACGCAGUGCACAACAUCAUUAACGACGAGUGUGUUAAGAGUCGCGGAACGGUACACCAUCUGUGCGAAACUCUUGCUCCAGCUCCCCCGGGUCAACACCUUCUCCACUACAUCCGCAACGUCAGCUUCACGGGUCGUCAGGGCACCGAAAUAAGAUUCAACGGGGACGGCGACGCCUUUGGUUUCUAUAAUAUCUAUCAGUAUCAGCGCACAGAUGAAAACCGCUACGACUACAUGCUCAUUGGCUCGUGGAAGGAAAUACUCAAUCUGGAUAUAAACAUGACUAGAUGGAACGGUGGAUCUGGUGAUGUUAAUAUUCCACAGAGUGCUUGCAGCAGCGACUGCCCUGUUGGAUAUGUCCGCAAUUUUCAAGACAUGUGCUGCUGGAGCUGCAUGCGGUGCCCGGACAAUGCCUACGUCUUUAACGAUUCUUGUCGUAACUGCGAGCCCGGGUGGGCGCCUGACAACAUCUCAAAGUCACGAUGUAUCAAAAUACCUGCUGAGAUAAUAACCUGGGCAAGUCCGUGGGCUAUAGUGCCUCUAAGUUUUGCAAGUAUUGGCAUAUUAAUUACACUCUUUACGAUAAUUAUAUUUGUAAGAUUCAAUCACACUCCGGUAAUUAUGGCCUCGGGACGUGAAUUGUGCUACGUACUCCUCAUUGGAAUACUCUUGUGCUACGGAAUGAGUUUCGUUAUUCUGGGAGAGCCAACACGAUGGAACUGUACAUAUCUACGUAUCGGACUGGGUCUCUGUCUAAGUAUUUGCUACAGCGCUAUUUUAACUAAAACAAAUCGUAUAUCAAGGAUCUUUACUCAAGGAAAAAAAUGUCUCAAACGGCCUUCUUACACUUCUCCCAAGAGUCAAAUUGCCAUUUCCCUCGGUAUCACAUCACUCCAACUAAUUGGUACGAUAGUCUGGCUAAUAAUCGAACCGCCAGAUAUAAAAGAAAUUCAUCCGAGUCCAUUAACAGCGGUUCUAACUUGCCGUGUGUCAACAUUCUCACUGAUGAUGUCCUUAGUUUACAAUAUGGUGCUGAUAUUAAUGUGCACACUUUACGCCUUCAAGACACGUAAAAUACCAGCCAACUUUAAUGAAGCUAAAUACAUUGGAUUUACAAUGUAUUCCACGUGCAUCGUUUGGCUCGCCUUUGUUCCCAUAUACUUUAGCACUUAUAACGAUUACACGAUUCAAAUCGCCAGCAUGUGUAUGUGCAUCAAUAUAUCGGCGACUGUGGUGCUGGGUUGUCUUUUUAUACCAAAAGUUUACUUGGUGCUGUUCCAACCCAACAAAAAUGUAAGAUCUGGUCACACGAACACUGUGAGCGCCGGUGGAGGUGCUCCUGGUGGUGCCGGUGGAGGCUCCCACGCGGCUGGUAAUGCUCAAAACAGCUCGUCGACACAGUCCGGGUUGAGGUCGACUUACAGUAUGAGAUUCGUGGCAUCGAGGAGCCAGACGAUGCAAAGUGUCACUUCCUGUUCGCGCAGCAGUCCGGUUAAUCAGAGUAGUAGUCUGGCUGGUGAUAACGACGACAGUAGUAGUAUUAAUAAACCUGUGACAACGGUAUCAGCAUCAACAGAGGCAGCAGCAGUAGCAGCAGCAGUUAAUGGCGGUGACGCUCAAAUUAGUCCUUUAUGUGAGGAAACUUUUUUAAGCUAAAUUUAUUUUUUAUGUUUAGUAGAUAGAUUAGUUUUUAUUAAUGAUAAGGAAAACGAUGGACGAAAACAAAGUCUCAAUAUUAAAAGUAAUUGAUAUAUAUAAGAUAUACAAAUAGUAGAAAUUAUUAUUAUUAUUAUUAAUAUAGGGGAAGGGGUAGGAGGCAAAAUGGGUCGUGAAAAUUUUUUUGUCCGCAAAUAAAUAUUCAAUAUCAAUAUGAUCCGCGAUAAAAAAAUUUUAAUUUAGGGUAAAAUGGGCAGCCGAAAAAAAUUUCUAAAAAAUUUUUUUUCCAUUGAAAAUUUUGAUUAAAUUAUUUGGGUUAAAAAUUCGGUGGUCCAUUUUACCCCCGUAAUUUUAAUUUAUAAAAAAUUUAAGCCGGCUCAUUUUGCCCUGGCUUCCUAAAUUUUGUGUGAAUGUUAACGCUAUUUAUUAUUUACUCUGUACGUAACGUUUUAAAUGUUUCAAGGGAUCCGUCCACUCGUUA